AGAAGCUGCCCGAUAAGACUUUUGGCACCCUUGUAUUCCUGCUUGACUUAGUCUUAGUCACACACACACACACACCCCCUUUUGCACACGUGCACAUACUCUUUUCAUAUACACACAGAGAGACAGGAUGCCACAUUCGUACCUAGUUAUUGGUGGCAACGGGUUCUUGGGUCGUCACGUUCAGGAACAGAUUCGUCUUCGCAACGAUGGGUCGAGUAUUGCUGUGUUUGACAUGGUGAUUCCUACUGAACCUGAACCGGAUGUAAAAUACUUUGCGGGUGACUUGCGUAAUAUGGAUGAUGUAUGUACCGCGCUUCAAGGCAUCACUGCUGUCAUUCACACCGCGUCGCCACCGCACGUCAAUUCGAGCAAUCCUCCUCGGGACUUGUACUUUUCCAUCAAUGUCGACGGCACACAAAACAUUAUGAAUGCUUGCAAGAAGAUGGGCGUUCAAAUUCUUGUCGUUACCAGUUCAGGGAGUGUUAUCUCUACCGGGGAACCCAUGGUCAAUGUUGACGAACACACACCUUACCCACCCGUUCCCAUUGACGUGUACACCGAGUCCAAAAUGGAAUGCGAGAAGAUCGUGUUGGCUGCCAAUGACAAGAUGACAUUGAGAACGUGCACUAUCCGGCCUUCGGCUAUUUUCGGUCCUGGCGAUCGUCAGUUGAUUCCGGGCAUGAUUGAAGUGUGUCAACGAGGUCAGCAUCGAUUCCAGAUUGGCGAUAAUACGUCGUUGAUGGAUUUCACAUAUGUGGGCAAUGUCGCGUACGCUCACGUGUUGGCGGCCGAGAAAUUGGUGGAUACGGAAUCGCCUGUGGCCGGUCAAGCGUUUAAUUUGACCAACGGAACCCCUGUGCCGUUCUGGGACUUUGCUUCCAAGGUGUGGGCCGAGUAUGGGUGCCAUAUGCCGAAUUCGAAAAAGAUCGUCUUGUCCUACAAUGCAAGCAUGAUCAUUGCUUUAAUCGGCGAAACCAUCUUUAGCAUCAAGGAACUAUUCUGGGAUCGAAGCCAACUCAAAGAAGGUUUGACCCGCGCCCGCAUCAAGCAAGCCAUGAGCUCCCGCUACUUUAACAUUAGCAAGGCCAAACAAUUGCUCGGCUAUGAACCCCAAGUCGGUCUUGAAGAAGGCAUUAAACUUAGCAUCGAGUAUUACAAAGCUCAACAUGCCGCCAAAUAGCGGAAAAAGCUCUCCUCUUACAGUUAUCCAUAAAGUAGAAAAAAAAAAAUCCCAGCUCCAUACCGUUCAACCCAGGUCUCCUAAAAUCGCUUACGUAGUAAUUUAAUAAACCCUUUGUUCCCGAUUUUGCACAAUCAAGACCAAAGAGCGAUGGGCUCAAUGGUUCAACAA